CGUCUUUCAGUUCUCAUCCAUCAUAGCGUAAACAAACUCUUUUCAAGCCGUAUCCUUGCGGCCAGCGACCAAGAACAGACCAAGCUGGAGCGGAAUACCACACUGGCCCAAGGAGACUCCCGUACCUUGUCUCUCGCUUCUCAUCCGCUUCGUUGUAAUCUCAAACUCGACAAUUAUGCCAUUGUUGUCUGGUCAAAUCUGCGACGGGAGCCGAGACACACUUUGAUCACCGUACCAUCACCUGUCCGCCACUGGGCAGUCAAGACGUCUCUGUGCAUGUCGAGAACCUGAACGACAGACCAAGUACUUGCGUACUUUUGCCAUUUCCACCAACACCACCACGCUAGUCAUAAUCAUCGUCUCUUUUUUUUUUUUUCUGCCGGCCAAAUCGAUUCCCAGGGAUCCACUUCCUAUCGACAAAAUAAUCACCAGAUAAUCGUCCAACCCCCGGUAGACGGCGAAUAUUCUCCGCCCACCCCCAUUCUCGACCAUGACGACUCUCACUCCGGUCGCAACCCGAUCGCAGGCAACCCCGCUCACUUCAUCCGCCAUCAAGUCCAUCCUACGAAAGCCGACCACAGUGCUUGGGAGAAGGUCCAGGGAAGAGGACGGUGAGAGUAGCGACGGCCUCCCAGGCAGCAGCCCCGCCAAGAAGAGGAAAACCGUCAUGUUCAACGACAAGCUCAACAUGAUCAAGGAAUUUGGUGGCAAGACGUUGGACGACGCAAAGCGCGAGGUCAAGCAGGCCCUUGAGGGUCAUGCCCGCGGUGACGAUGAAGACUACGAUGGCCUGAAGGAAAUCUUUUGCCCGAGCCCGAAGCGAACAAUUGCUGAAGAGGAAGACGCCGAUGCACCACAACCACAAGACCUCCAGGUUUACGUCGUUGCCUUGACCAGCCAUGCGCCAUUGCUGGACAGAUCGUGUUCGGGACUCAUCCGGGCGGUGCUCAAUUGCACGUGGCUAGACAGGGACGAUGUUUUUGCACGAGCGUACAUUCAGCUACUGGCAGCCUUGUCUGCGAAGGUGUAUUUCAGGCAACAGGCACUCUCGAUGAUGGUCGACAAGUUUACCGAGACACGAACCUCGACGGUAGAAGUCGUACCGGGGUUUCCGCCCGUCGAUAGCGAGACCAAGAAAGAGCGGCUACAUCUCGGUCUGAAAUACCUCCUCGAGCUCUACGCCGAUGCACGACCGAUGAUACUCGAUAUCGUUACCCACAACUUCCCACAUACCGAAGAAUCGAAGACAAGACACAUGGAAUACAUUGAUCACUUGCUCAGGCUCAAGGUGGACAAGCCAGACUUGGAACGGGACAUAAUGGAGCUAAUCCUCUCGCGACUGGUGAAGCUGGACGUCGAAAUGACACUGGAUCUGGAGAACGACGACGACGAGACCACACGGGCGGUUCUACGGCAACUCGAAGCUUCGAACGCUAAGAGCGAUGAUGAGGAUGACGAUGCCAUGAGCGACGCCGAUUCGGACGACGAAGACGAGGAGGAAAGUGACGAGCAGACAAGGCGAAUUCUUCUGCUGAAAAGCAAGCUGGAAACGAUGGAUGCCAUUCUCGAUCUCCUCUUUUCCAUCUAUGAUCCCGUCUUUGCCGACCCCGAUAGCCCGGAGGCACUAGCCACCUUUGAGGAUCUGUUAACAGACUUUGUCAACGUCAUCCUCCCUCACCUCAAAUCGCGCCACACGCAAUACCUCCUCUUCAAGUUCGCCAUGAAGUCCAACCGGCUAAUGGAGAUGUUUAUCGGCACUCUCUUCAACAUCGCCUUCCAGUCUACCCGGGCGCCCGUAGUCAAGCAAGCGGCCGUCGCCUACCUGGCAUCCUUCACGGCACGAGGAGCUCGCGUGCAGAGCGACCAGGUGCAACUGAUUGCGCAAACCUUCCUCGACUACAUCGAUCACUACAGAAACACCCACACCAGCUGUCGCGGACCGGACAUACGGCGCUAUGGUCAGUAUUAUGCGUACUUUCAGGGGUUGCUGUACAUCUUCUGCUUCCGCUGGCGGGAUCUGAUUGAUCGGGACGAGGUCCCCGCGAGCUUUGACUGGGACGAUCCGGCCAGCUUCUUGGGUCAGGACUUGCCGUGGAUGAAGGGCUUGAGGCAGCGGUUGCAGGUGAAUAUUGCCAGCAAGCUUAAUCCCCUAAAAUGCUGCUCCCCCAUAAUCGUCGACGAAUUCGCCCGCCUUUCGCACCACCUCCGCUUGAUCUACAUCUACCCCCAAAUCGAAAAGAACAAGACCAUCCACCUCUCGCAGUUCUUUACAUCUUCGUACGCCACCGGCGGUGCCCUUCGCGACUCCGGCUUCGAAUUCGAUCACGAGAAUUGGACGCACAUCGAGGCGUGCUUCCCCUUUGAUCCGUUCCAGCUGCCGGUCGCCAAGAGGUGGCUGGACUUGGACAAGAAUUACGUUGAGUGGAGGAGCAUUGCUAUGCUCGAGAAGGGGGGUGAUGAUGAUAGUGAUAGUGAGGAUGAUGAUGACGACGAUGUGAGUGAGGAUGGCAUGGGCGAUAUUGGGGAUGCAUCGGACUAUGAGAGUGAUGAAGAGGUGGAGGCUGGGGGUGUGGAGCAUGAAGAUGAUGAGAGUACGGAUGAGGAGAGAGAUGGGUACCAUGGGAGCUUUAGGCGGAUCUAAGAGGGGGUUGCACACCACGAGAGUGAUUGAAGUGGUGAAGUGAUCCGGGAGGAAGGUCAUUAACUCUGUUGGUUUUUUAUUUUGUUUUUUUGUUUUCGGUGGGGUUUCAUAUCUGUUUCUUUAUCUGCAUGGCGAAUAGGCGGCGGCGGUGGGAAAGCGCAUUACCUUCGUCACUCAAUUUUGGCGUUUUGGAGGGGAAGAGGAAAGGAAAAGGGAAGGGAACGGGUCGGAACUCAAAAAUUGUCUUUUUUUCUCUUUGGUUGGGACUACAAGGCAGGGCAAGGAAGGGUUCGAAGGAACAGUGAUUGAUGAUAUGGAAUGGAAUGGGUACCUAGGAUGUGAGGAGGAUAUACCAUAGAUGGAUGGGCGAAUUACCUAUUUUCGGUUCCAGUUGUCAUUGGCUGUCCAUGCUAUGCUAGGUAUGCUAUGCUAUGCUGUCCAUCAAGGGAGACAGAGACCCCUGAGCCAUAGAUACAUAGGGAAUAUGUAAGCGGAGGAUGAAUCAGCACCCAUGGUGAGGAGUACCAUUCGAACAAGUAGCUAUCUACCUUUCUAGAACUAGCGAACUGAGAACAAAAAAAAAAG